CGCAGCGCGACUCGGACGAUAGCGACGGGGACCUCACAGCAUGGGGUCUGUCGAACACCGCCGCGCCGGCAGCUCGUCCCACUGGGUCUGCGCCAGUCGUCCCAAUGAUGAUGGGAAGUACCCCGGUGGGUGCCCAAGCCAUACGCGACAGCUCGACGCCCGGUGACACUGUCGACAAUGGUGAUGGCGCCCGCAAACGCCAGAAAUCCAUGGCCUCCAAGUCGCCAGCCGCGCCUUCUUUCGGCUUCAAUGCGAUCAACGCUCCGCCGCAAAGAGCGUCUAGGGCCAGCUCGGCAUACAACGUGCAGUCGGACGCGUCUCCUGAAGCAGACACACUGUUCGUGGAAGAGGAGGAGCCUAGACGUAAGGGAAAAGGCCGGGCAGCUGCGACGUCACAGGAAAGCAGCACGAUGGAGUCGAAGCUGGUUGUGCAGGUCUCUAGGGCUGAGGCCGACGAGAUCAGCGACUACGAAGAUAUGAGAGCUGGCGCAGACCGUGUGCGGCACGUCUUGAGCGAGCACUCGUACGCUGAUGGAACUCUGCUGUACAAGGUGCAGUUCGCAGAUUUCCACGAUGAACAUGUGACUUUCAACGACUUACUGCACUACGAGAACGGAGAGGAAGCAAUCGCACAGUUCAACGACACUGAGCCGCCUGUCGAAGUGCCGCCACCGACUCGACGAGGUCCUCAGAACAGCAACAGAAUGUCUUCUCGCAGACCAAAUGCUGGUAAGAGGACGACUGCAGGCUUUGUGAGCACUGUGGACAAUGUCGAUGCCAGCGAGGAAGAGCUGUCUGAGGAGGAGACGGCAGCAUCAAGGCUGCUUCGUGGCCGGAAGCGCAAACAACAGGACAUGUCGCAGUACGUGGACCACGUCGAGCCCGAAGAUGAAGACGAAGAAGAGGACUCAGAAGAUGAAUUGCAACGACCGACUCGUGCUGGCCUCCGAAAUUCCCGGACAUCGACCAUAAUUGGCCGCAGUGUGCGGACACGUCGUCAACCCACUCGUCUCACCGAGGAUGAAGACGAAGAUUCGGACAGUGACAAUGUCCUUACGUCUGACUUGCCUGGACACCGGCGCCGCAAGCCUGGCCGACCCGGCCGGCCUGCUAAGAAAGCCAAGAUAGUCAAGGAGGGUGCCCGUCACAGCGAGAGGGCUACGAGGCAUACCGGUGGAAUGGAGGAGGUCGAAGUCGACGAUAUUUUCAGAUCAGAGUCGGAGGAGCCCAAGCAGCCCGCCAAGCCCAAGCCUGUGGGAGUCCGCGAGAUUUUCAAAGAGCUGCCGCGUAACAACGAGUUUCGGAUGCGCCAUGCGCAGCAUUGCGAAAGUUGCGGCGGAGAUCAUGUCCAAUCGAAGCUGAUUUACUGCCAGGGCUGCUCGUUGGCCUACCACAAAGGCUGUCUAGGCCACCGCACGAAUCGAGAACACUUGGUCACGAAGGUUGAAGAGGACGACUUCGUUCUCCAGUGUCGCCGUUGCGUUGGCUUUCCCCGCAAGAAGGAUCCUUCAGCACCGGAUCAUGGUAAGUGCCAAGAGUGCCACCAACACGGUGCGGCUUGCCGCCCGUUCAGAGCUCGAAAGUCGCCAGCACAAGAGCAGCGUGAUAGGGAGGACAAUGAUGGCGUGGAUCCGAUUUAUGAUGUUCCCCCGGAAAAGAUCAACAACGUGGACAACGUCAUGUUCAGAUGCUCGCACUGUUUUCGAGGGUUUCACUACGAGCAUCUACCUUCCCGUGCCGAUUACGACAUGGUCGAGUUGGAAGCCGACCCCGAACAGCGUUUCAGAGAGUAUAGUCGAGACUGGAAGUGCAAAGACUGCGCAGAUAUGCCUGCUAAAGUGUCUGGUCUCAUUGCCUGGAAGCCCGUAGACGAGGAUAUCUACGAUCCCGCGCACGGUUUUGAGGGUGUCGAGGAAGAAGACAAAGUCUAUCUGGUUCGUUGGGAUGGUAUGUCCUACUUCCGCGCCAAGUGGAUGCCAGGGCCAUGGGUCUGGGGUGUCACACCUCAUGUCACUCGCAAGGCUUUCAUCAAGCGCGAUGACUCUCAGCACCCCAAAAUGCGCACCGAGGAUGCCAUCCCAGAAGACUACCUCCGAGCCGAUAUUGUGCUUGACGUCAAGUUCACCAGCAUUGUGGACAUCAACACACAAGAAAUUGACAAGGCUCGUAUUCGCGAAGUGGACAAGGCUCUGAUCAAGUACAAAGGCCUGACCUAUGAAGACGCCGUCUGGGAGACGCCCCCAGGACCCGACGAUGGUGAACGUUGGUCGGACUUCGUCACUGCCUACAAUGACUGGGUUGCUGGCCGCUAUGUACGGCAGCCCAAGGUGGGCGCUCUGAAGACACGACUGGAGAAGAUUCGCAAGGACGACUUUCGCAAUCUCGAGAAAACCACGCAGCCUGAGACCCUGGAGGGCGGAAAACUCAUGGAAUAUCAACUCCAGGGUCUCAAUUGGUUGUACUACAAGUGGUUCACUCAAAAGAACGCCGUCCUAGCCGAUGAGAUGGGUCUUGGGAAGACAAUUCAGAUCAUUGGCUUCCUCGCGACGCUUGUGCAGGAGCAUCAUUGCUAUCCCUUCCUGGCUGUUGUGCCAAAUUCGACUUGUCCCAACUGGCGGAGGGAGAUCAAGCGUUGGGCGCCAAGUCUCCGCGUGGUUGCUUACUACGGAUCUCGAGAGAGCAGAGACUUGGCCUACAAACACGAGUUAUAUCCUGAUAACGCCAAAGACCUACGCUGCCAUGUGGUCAUUACGAGUUAUGAUGCUGCAGCGGACGAGAAUUGCCGCAAAUUCUUCAAGGGUGUUCCGUGGCAGGGCUUAAUCGUUGAUGAAGGCCAGCGCUUGAAGAAUGACAAGAAUCUGCUGUACAGCGCUCUCGCUGCACUGAAGUGCCCUUUCAAGAUUCUUCUCACGGGAACGCCAUUGCAGAAUAACCAGCGUGAGCUGUUCAACUUGCUCCACUUCCUUGACGACAGUUUUGACGCUGCCGCUCUUGACGAGGAAUUUGCCGAGCUGGAUCAUGAGAAGAUUGGCAAGCUCCACGACAUGAUUCGACCCUUUUUCCUGCGUCGCACCAAGGCUCAAGUGCUCACCUUCCUGCCACCCAUGGCUCAGAUCAUCAUUCCAGUCAGCAUGAGCAUCGUCCAGAAGAAGCUGUACCGAAGCAUUCUGGCUAAGAAUCCCGACCUCAUGAAAGCCAUUUUCAGCACCGAAGGCAAUGUCAAGCAAGGCGAGCGUGGAAGCUUGAGCAACAUUCUCAUGCAGCUGCGAAAGUGUCUAUGCCACCCAUUUGUGUACAACAAGAGUAUCGAGGACAGGCACGUGGAUAUGGCCGCCUCGCAUCGCAAUCUGGUCGAUGCUAGCUCUAAGCUCAAGCUUCUGGAGCUCCUACUGCCCCGAUUAAAAGAGCGUGGACAUCGAGUGCUCAUUUUCAGCCAAUUCCUGGAGAUGCUUGACUGUGUUGAGGACUUCAUGGACGGCAUGCAGCUGCGAUAUCAACGACUCGACGGACAAAUCAGCUCUUUGGUCAAGCAAAAGCGCAUCGACGAAUUCAACUCUCCAGACUCGCCACUAUUCGCCUUCUUGCUUUCAACGCGAGCAGGCGGUGUCGGUAUCAACUUGACCUCAGCCGACACAGUGAUCAUCCUCGAUCCUGACUUUAAUCCACACCAAGACAUCCAAGCCUUGUCCAGAGCUCAUCGCAUCGGCCAGCAGAAAAAGGUCCUUUGCUUCCAGUUGGUGACUCGUGCUAGCGCGGAGGAGCGAAUUAUGCAGAUCGGCCGCAAGAAACUCGCGUUAGAUCAUGUUCUCAUUCAAGAGAUGGACGUCGAUGAUGCCGAACAGACCGACCUGGUCUCCGUCCUUCGCCAUGGAGCUAGCGAACUUUUCGAAGACAGUGGCGAGCAAGAUAUCGUCUAUGAUCCUGUCAAUGUGGAGAGAUUGCUAGAUCGCUCCCAUAUGGAGGAUACGAAGGUGGGAGAGGAUAAGACUGCCGAAACUCAGUUCUCAUUCGCACGCGUCUGGGCCAACGGCGAAGCAACACUACAGGAUUCCGCCCUCGAAACAGAAGAAUCGGCACCGGAUCCUGGUGUAUGGGCGAACAUCCUGAAAGAGCGGGAGCGCAUCGCAGCGGAAGAAGCCGCGGCUAAGGCUGAGGCUUUUGGUCGUGGUCGUCGUGCUCGGGAGCGUGUCGACUAUGCUGGUGAAGGCGCGGAUGGUGAAGCUAUAGACCCCAGUCCGCUCAAACGUCGCAAGAAGAAAGAUUCGGGGGGCGACAGUGACACGGAUUUCCAGGCCGAGGAAAGUGGUGAGGACGAUAUCGAAGAUGAAGGUACGAUGAUGGAAAACGGUGAGCUGCUCGAUCUAGCGGCGCCACGUACUAAACCCCAAGCAGGAGACAAAUCAGAUUACCCAACAUUCAAACGCGUUAUCAUGCCGGCCCCGAUUGUGCCAAAUUCGAUCAAUUCGGCACCACCUGCGAACGGAGCUUCUUCAACCGCCAGCAACCCUUCGAUGGCGCUCAGCAGCACAGAAGCUACCCAAGCCGCACGCCAGACUGCGCCUGGAAUCAACUGUCGGGCUUGCACGACACAUCACCCAGUCGGCAGUUGUCCUCUGAAGAUUGCUGGCGUGGAGUUCUGCAAUCUGUGCGGCAUGGCUCACUAUGGCCAUGCACGCGUCUGUCCUCACAUUCAAUCAGAGACACAGGUGCGAGCCAUGCUCGAGGCUCUCAAAUAUUCCAACGAGCCGGAGCAUUUGGUCAAUGAAGCAAGACGGUACCUGCGUGGAUUGAAAGGCAGCCUCGUACAGCUCAAGAAGAAAAAGGAAGAACAGCUGCAAGCUCAGCGGGAGGCAGCCUUUGCUGCACAGCAGCAGCAGCGACACGCAUAUCCUGCAGCUGGAUACCGUGUCCACCCAGCCUUAGGUGAAUACUGAGCGAGCGUUGUAGCGGGAGCCAUUCACACUGAGGCGCGGCUUGGUGGUACUCCUUUCUCGUCUUGUGGUGAGAGAGACAUGUAUGCUUUUCAAUAAGUCCAAGUGCCUCGCUGCCGACUUAAGGUAAACUCAGCUGCAGCUUCAAAGCAUCCUUGGCCAC